AUGGACACCUUCUCCAAAUCUGACCCAGUGGUGGUCCUCUUCGUGCAGGGCUCGGGGAGCAGCGAGUGGAAGGAGUUCGGGCGCACUGAGGUGAUCGACAACACCCUGAACCCCGACUUCGUCCGCAAGUUCGUCCUCGACUACUACUUCGAGGAGAAGCAAAACCUUCGCUUCGAUGUCUACAACGUGGACUCCAAGAGCUGCUCCAUUUUAAAGCAGGAUUUCCUGGGGCAGGCGUUCGUGGCGCUGGGGGAGGUGAUCGGGUCCCAGCGGGGCCGCCUGGAGAGAGCCCUCACGGGGGUCCCGGGGAAGCGGUGUGGGACCAUCCUGCUGCUGGCCGAGGAGCUGAGCAACUGCCGGGACAUUGUCACGAUGCAGCUGUGCGCCAACAAGCUGGACAAGAAGGACUUCUUCGGAAAAUCCGACCCCUUCCUCGUCUUCUACCGCAGCAACGAGGACGGCACCUUCACCAUCUGCCAUAAGACGGAGGUGGUGAAGAACACGCUCAACCCGGUGUGGCAGCCCUUCACCAUCCCCGUGCGCGCCCUCUGCAACGGCGACUACGACCGGACAGUGAAGAUAGAUGUGUACGACUGGGACCGGGACGGGAGCCACGACUUCAUCGGAGAGUUCGCCACCACCUCCCUCGCUCUCCCCCCAAGGACGCAGCUGAAUUUCACCGUCGCCAUUGACUUCACGGCCUCCAAUGGGAUGCCGUCGCAGCCCACCUCGCUGCACUACGCGAGCCCCUACCAGCUGAGCGCCUACGCCCUGGCACUCAAGGCGGUGGGGGAGAUCAUCCAGGACUACGACAGCGACAAGCUCUUCCCCGCCUACGGUUUUGGUGCCAAACUCCCACCCGACGGCAAGAUCUCCCACCAGUUCCCCCUGAACAACAACGCGGACAACCCCAGCUGUGCCGGCAUUGAGGGCGUGCUGGAGUCCUACCUCCAGAGCCUGCGCACCGUCCAGCUCUACGGUCCCACCAACUUCGCCCCCGUCAUCAACCAGGUGGCUGGGUGAGCGGCGGCCGCCCAGGUGACCGACGGCUCGCAGUACCACGUCCUCCUCAUUAUCACCGACGGUGUCAUCUCUGACAUGCUGCAGACCAAGGAAGCCAUCGUCACCGCUUCCGCCUUGCCCAUGUCCAUCAUCAUUGUGGGAGUGGGUCCGGCUGAGUUUGAGGCCAUGGAGGAGCUGGAUGGUGAUGAGGUACGGGUGUCUUCCCGGGGACGCUAUGCUGAGAGGGACAUCGUACAGUUUGUGCCGUUUCGGGAUUACGUGGACGACUCGGGAAACCAGGUGCUGAGCAUGGCUCGCCUGGCCAAGGACGUGCUGGCCGAGAUCCCCGAGCAGCUGCUCUCCUACAUGAAGACCCGCGACAUCAAGCCUCGCCGGGCAGACCCCCAGUAG